CAACCCAAGCAGUUCAUCAGACUCCCCUCGCCUCCGUCUCCGACCACCGCAUACACGAGCCGGAUAGCGAGAGAGGAAGAGGCCGGUGCCGACCAACGCGUCAGGGAGAUGGCUCGGCGACAAGGCGCCGUAGUGGUCUCGUUGCUAGCGGCGGUGCUUCUCGGCGCCUGCCUGCCGGCGCCGGCCGCCGCGGGGGUGCACCUCUCCACGCUGCCCAAGGCGCUCGACGUCACCGCCUCCGCCAAGCCCGGCCAAGUCCUGCACUCCGGCGUGGACAAGGUCACCGUGACGUGGUCCCUGAACACCACUGAGCCCGCCGGCGCCGACGCCGCCUACAAGAGCGUGCAGGUGAAACUGUGCUACGCGCCGGUGAGCCAGAAGGACCGCGGGUGGCGCAAGUCCGACGACGACCUCAGCAAGGACAAGGCGUGCCAGUUCAAGCUCACCCAGCAGGACUACGCCGCCGGCGCCCGCGGCAGCUUCGAGUACACCGUCGCCCGCGACAUCCCCACGGGCUCCUACUACGUGCGCGCCUACGCGCUCGACGCCUCCGGCACGCAGGUGGCCUUCGGCCAGACCGGCCCCGCCGCGGCCUUCGACGUCGCCGGCAUCACGGGCAUCCACGCAUCCAUCAAGGUCGCCGCCGGCGUGUUCUCGGCUUUCUCCGUCGCCGCGCUCGCCUUCUUCUUCGUCGUCGAGAACCGCAAGAAAAACAAGUAGGAGGCGGCCGUGCGCAACGCCAUGCCGCGUGCUGAGUUCUGAAUUUCCGGCCGGUCUUAAGCUAGCUAGCUUCCUCUGUGUCACGGAGACAGCACGGUGGCCGGUGCUUAAAAAUUGCAGGUGUGAGUGUCAGCGCUACAUCCACGGAUGGAUGGAUUUACACAGCGUAGCGCAGCGCAAUUACUUUGGUGUACGUUUCUUUUUCGUCGUGUGCGUGAAGAUGAAGUAACUUGAUUACGAUAAGUUUCUCUGCCUCUGGUGAUGUGGUUUGGAUAUGCGAUGCAGUACAAAUAACGACCAAGAACAAGAAAGGUUUUUACACAAAGGAUGCAAGUAGAUCAACUCAAAACCA